AUGGCUCCGCGCGCGCUCACCCGGCUGGAGACACGCUGGAGUUCCCUGGCUUUGGGCAGGGAGGGGUCUCGGAGGGGCUGGGAGCGGCCUCGGGAAACCUUCCCCCGGGAGCAAGGCGAGUGGGAGGCGGGGCCACCGGGGAGGGGCCGCCUUCGCUGGCCAGCCGGGGCUCGAGCCGGGCGCCCCGAGCCGGGUCACCUCCUCCCCGGCGCACGGCCCUCCCCUUCCUCCGCCCCGCGCCCGCCCCCGGCGCCCGCGUCCCCUGUGCCCCUCCCGCCGGCCUCGGCUCGGCUUUCCCCUCGCUCAGGCUUCCAGCGAGCCGAAUAUAGCUCUGCCGAGCCACGUGGACCGCAACGGGCUGGGCUGAGGCCGGGCCAGGGUGACGCUGGAGGCCGCGGUGGCGACGCGGGGACGGAUCCUUGGCCGAAGAGGAGCUCGGCGGGGACAGCUCCGAGACUGUCCGCAGCGGGCCGCCGCACGCUGGCGAGGCCAGGGAAGAGCUCCUGGGCGGCCCGGGCCCCGUGGGGGCAGCCCGGGGGAGAAAGCAAUGGGCGCUCACCUAGAGAAUGUGCCAGUGCCCAAAGAGGGGCGGCGCCCCCAACUGGCGACCCUGCAAAGCCACUGACUUCCUCUAAAGUCGCGGAACUCCAGCUGGAGCUGUGCCCUCAUCCCUACCAAGACCCCCUACAAUCUGGAGCAUUUCUAAGAGAGAGCUGGACACAUGGAGCUGUGUGCCAGAGAGAUAAACAAAGUUCUCCAGACUUCCUCCUGCUGAGCCCCCUCCUCUCCUCAGCCCAAAAGAAGUGACUGAAUAUGCAGAUGCUUGCUCCAGGAGGCAGGUAGCCAGUUUCCUUUCCACCAGAAAGGGGAGAAAGAGCUGAAGAUGGCUGCAAGUGAUAAACAAGUGUGGAGGUCUGCAUUAUCUCUGUCAUGGUUUGUGUCUUGAUGUGCCCCCAAAGCCUCAUGCAGUCAUGGAGCGGGCCUCUAG